CAGCCAGUGCUGUAAAAUGCCGCAGUAGAAUCACAUUUCGGGUAAAAACAAGUUGAAAUAACAAACGAAUUUAAAUAUUUAAGUUUCCAAAUAUUUUAAGUUACAAAUUAAAGAUAAGGAUAAGUACUACUUGUACGCUGGAGGAGAGCUUCUACAAGCAAUCCGGGAAAACCACAUAUAAUGACAAGUCCGUCGCGGGAUAUUAACGAUCUUUUUGACGAAAUUGUCCUGACCGAGGAGAAGCAAGCGCGUUUGGGCUACGAGGAGGGACUGAAAGACGGCCAGGAGCAGGGUAACGAAGAAGGCUACAAAUUGGGGUAUGCCCAGGGAGUCUCCCUAGGCGAGGAGCUCGGCAACAUCCUGGGUCAGGUGGUGGCACAGCAGCAACUGAAACACACGGACAAGGUGCGCCGCAGCUUGGAGCAGCUUCGCUCGCUCAUCGAAAAGUUUCCGCGCACCAACGAUCCGCAGGCGGAUAUAGUAGGUGCUGUGCAGGACAUUCGAUCAUCCUAUCGUCGCCUACGUGCCUUGCUGGGAUCCAGAAAAACGACUGCUGCAGCGCCUUUGGAACCCAAUUCUGCCGAGCAUAAAGACUACAGCUUCUAGCAGCAUGUCGAAAGUGGGAAUUGCGCAGUUGCAGAGGCGUCUGGAUGGUUUACUGGCAUUCCUCAAUCCUCACUGGGAUUUUGUCAAUUGCCACAUGGUGAACUACUUGACGGAAGAACACUGGAAUGCCUUUCUUUCCGAAACCCUGAAAAGUGAGAUCUCUGGCAGUGAAGAUGUGACUCUGGCUAUAGAUAACUUAUUUUGGAAAACUGAUGAAUCGGUAAGGUUUCCGGCA